UCAAUCUAGCUAGUCUGUAUCUAAUUUUUUCAUCGUAUUGUAUAUGUACUCGAUUUUGCCCUUGUAAAAUUUACCAAUUCCAACGAUAUUACAAACACUUAAUUGUCCAUUGUGUAGUGAGUGUAAUUUGCAAUAAUGGCAGGAAUUAAAGGGUUGAUAGCUCUGGCUUUUGCUGGUUCCAUUGGUAUGACCAUGGUUAUACUAGCAUGUGCAUUACCAGAUUACAGACUUUGGUGGCCAUUCUUCGUAGUCAUGUUUUACAUACUGUGUCCCAUCCCAACGAUGAUAGCACGCCGGCACACAGACAGCACUGCGGGUGGUGCUUCACCCUGUAUGGAGACAGCAGUCUUCCUGACCAUGGGCCUGAUUGUCAGUUCGUUUGGUCUACCCAUUGUGCUUGCACAUGUAGGCACUAUUGCACCUGGAGCAUGCUACUUGACUCUGGCAGGCAAUGUCAUAGUGUACUUGACCAUUCUCGGAUUCUUCACAAUCUUUGACAUGGAGGACUCAGAUUAUGCAAUGUGGUGAGAAAUCUAGAACAAUCACACUGAAGGGACAAUGUAAGGGCAAGCGAUAAAUCUAAAGUAAGGACGCUAAGCAAGAAGAAUUUCGUACAUUGACACGCCGCGCCCUACGCGCACAGGGGCAUUGACCGCCGGCGUCAUCGGCGGGAUAGUAAAUUAUGCGCGUACUAUAGAUAUAGGAGCUGGGCGUGUCAAUGUACGAAAUUCUUCGUGCUUAACGUCCUUCCUUUAACAUAAGAAAUGUGUUUUUGUCUAUGCUUAUAAGUCUGAGAAAUUAUAAUACUGAUUAUAUUGUUGUUAGUUGAUGUAAUCAGACAAUAUUUAAUUUUGAAAGUGUCAUUUUCUACCAUUUGUAUCUCAAUGUUAUAUGCUUAAUCAGGAGACAUUGCAAACAUAAGUUCUAACAAGAGGAAUCUAGCUGUUGCUUUGCUGUUGGUCAGUUACACUUCUGGUAAACAGUUGAACCUUAUAAUUAUGUAUGAAGUGUUAAUAUUGAUACUGAAACGAGACAAGUGCCAACAAAGGACUUUUGAAAUUAAUACUGACGAUAUUAAAUUCUUAAUUUAAAGUUACUUUGGUUGUCAUUUAGGGUGAAGCCAAGACUCGCGAGCGUAAAUACUAAACUAUGAGUCGCGUAAUUUUGGUUGCUCCAUUUCUGCUGCAUUCGGUUUCAUACAAAAUGUCGGUUUGGUUCGCGGCGGCGAAGCAAAAUGAGUUGUCUGCCGAUAUCAAUAAAACAAAGUCCCCCGCCGCGUCCGUCUGUCUGUAUGUCUAUACUCAGUAAUGUUCGCGAUAGAUUUAAAAAAUACUGAAUGGAUUUUCACGCGGUUUUUACAAAUCAACAGAGUGAUUCUUGAGGAAGGUUUAAGUUUAAAAUUACUACCCAUGCGAAGCCGGGGCGGGUUGCUUUUAAAUUAGAAUUUCUGCAGCUGAAAUUACGCAACUCGCAAAAUUACGCAACUCACAAAAUUACGAAGCUCACAACACACAAAAUUACGCAACUCACAAAAUUACGCAGCUCACAACUCACAAAAUUACGCAGCUCACAACUCAAAAAAUUACGCUCGUCUGGCUUCACCCUUAGGUUGCCUGAGUAUGAGUAUUGAUACUUCCUGCAUUUAAGGGUUAAAUUGACUAUGAUGUUGAUAGAAUAAAGUUAUUUUAGUGAUGAAUUUUGGCAAGUCUUUUUUGUUUGACUUAUGAUUGUUACAACAUGUGAUCGCCUGAAUAACGAGAGUAAAACCUGUAAAUUGGAUUUCGCGCCACUACAAACCAUUAACAUUACAAUACAGUUGCAUAGAUAUAAACAAAAGAAUAAUACAAGUCACAAAUUUAGAGAUAAAAAUGUAGGAGAUCUUAUUUCGAAAAAGAGCAGAUCUUAUUUAUAAAAGUAGGUAUCGGAACUAUUGCAACAAACACAUGUUUGUCUAUGUUAUUUUCCAAUCCUUUGCUUUAACUGGAGAAGGUCUCAGAGAUAAUUUCACCUUAAAAUGUGUUUAAACGUGACUCGUGUUAAAGUUAAGCAUUUAACCAGGCAACUGAAUAAAAGUAUUUGACGACCAAUACCUUCUCGCUAUUGAAUGGGAAAAACAUAAAUUAAAAUGCUCGAAAUAAUGGGUAGGACAUAAAUAUUAACCCAUUGAACGCCACGCCUAUCGUGUGCGCGCGUUAUCAAGAACCUUGUCGGCAUGUACGAAGGUUGAUAUUGGGUUGCAGCCGCACGCGUCAGUCUUAUUGAAUUGAAUUGAAAUCAUUUUAUUUCGAGCAAAAAACUCAUAUAGUGUUAGUACAUACAACAAUUAUUAUUUAUCUAUCUAUAUAUCUAAGUUAGUGUACAAUAUAAACAAAAUAAUAAAUACCUAAAACUAAUUAAUAUAAUCUAUUUCGAUGAUGCGUUGGGCCGUUGGGUUCAUGCAGUUGGUUCCAACGCCUCAUCAGUGGGCAGUCCACUCUGACGACAAAAUGCAUCUUAUGUCUUUGGCGGUCAAAUAAUCAUUAUCAUUAUGUCGACCAAUGGUUUUGUCUUUCGUUAUUCAGACUCGCACUCUGAAAAAGUAUAAUCAAUCUCAGUUUGAUUAUUAUAGGUUAAGGAAUUUUAGUGUAAGUAUACAGAAUGAUUUAUUUAUAUUUUGUUAUUUGUGUUGAAAUUUCUUCCUGAAAGUAACCACCAAAGUUCUAUCUGGAUUAUUGAUAUAUACGUACAGAUUUUAUUUUUUUAUUGUAAAUUGUCAGAUAGACGCGCCUUAAAUGAAGUAAAUACCAUUAGGUAUAUGAAAGCUUAGAAACGAAAGUCUGCAAGUAAUUAUGUAUAAUCUGGCUAUAAAAAAAGUGGUGUGGUUAGGUAGAUACUUGAUAAAAGCUGCAAUAGACGGGCGUACCGGCCCGCGACAUUGUUCCAGUCAGCUUAUAUGUUUCUCGCUUUCACUCAUAGCUGCGUCCUUAACGGACGUACGCCGAACCACUUUCCACUAGAUCAAACAGGCCUGUUCGUCCCAAGGUCGCGGUCCGGUACGCCCAUCAGUUAGUGCUUUAAGUUGUAAACUUAGAGCUCGUUUAUACGACAUCAACUGUUGAUGGCGGCAGUUAACAUUUUAUAAUAACGCCUAUACUCCCUUAAGCCCUCACUUUAAGAAAUUCUUAAUCUUAAAUUCUUAAAAAUCUAAACAUCUAUCUGUCCGUCAUGAUCACUCAUCAUCAUAUCGUUGCCACAGCUCAUUUAGGGUAAGUACCUACCUGGGGUCUGAUACAUAAUCCCAAGACUUGACACAUACAUUAGUUUUUACGAAAGUGACUAUUUUUUUUUAACGCAUUCACUGUCCCCAUAUAAAAUGAUAUGACAAAGUCACACGCCCAUGUGUCAAGUCAAGUCAUGUAAACUAACUAAACCCAUAGUGGAAGCACGGACUCCGGUAAAAAGGCUUCAUGACCCCACACUGGGGGGGCCCGGACAGAGAAUGUGCUAAUGCACAGGGGAAGAACUCAUAUUUUUGCAUUGGAAUCGAAACUUUCAUUUUCCACUAAAGUUUCCUUUGUUUCCUGUAAAAUUCCCGAGAACGUCUAACUUUUUAGAAACAACCCGUCACUUUCAUAUCUGUAUUUGGGCGGCUUAUGCUUCAUUGGGAUUAGUCAAUUUCCUCACGAGGUUUUGCUUCACCAAAAAGCAACUGGUUCCAAAAGAAUCCAGUAUGUGCCAGGGGUUGAACCUGCAACCUUAGGUUUGAUAAAUCACUAUUAAUGAAGACUUAAUGCAUUCUAAGCUGGCACCUCUCAUAAAAAAAUAUUUUAUUAAUGAUACUACUUGUAGAUCUAACAGUUUAGUGGUAUAAUUUGUAAAUUAGGUAGAAGGUUUAUUUUGAAUGUUUUUACUGGCAUACAAUUUAGACGAAGAUGACGUCAAAAGAUUGUUUCGGUACCCCUAUUGUUACUUUCUAUCUUUACAUUCCUGUAAUGUAAAUUUUGUAAAUAUAGUAUUAGUAUCAGGUCACAUUAAUAAUUAUUACCUGCUUUAACAUAAUAA